ACCGCACCACACGGCCACGCUGUAUCGCAAACGGCUCCCCAGUCGCUCGUUUCGCCGGUAUGGCCAAGAAAAAGAAGAGCGCGCAGGCCGACUCUCCCUCUGACAACAGCGGCACCAGCACGCCCCAAACGUCCAACGGCAGCUCCAAGAAGGCGCCGCCGCCGCCCGAACCGUCGACUUCGGCACUGAUUAUAUGUCGCAAUAAGCAUUGGCGCUACAUCUCUUCCUUUCACGGCCCAUGGCUGCAGCUCCCCCCCGAGGUGCUCGAGUCGCUGGCGCACAGCAACUAUCUCUCGCCGCGCCCGCACCCGAUUGACCCCGCCGUCUUCUACGACCUCGUCAAGAUCCGCAAGGCCGUUGACGAAGCCACGAAUCUCGCCGUGCGCGCCACCAGCGGUCUCACCUCGGCGGCGCUCAGCAAUUCACUGAAUGCGGGCAAUGGCAUGCUGGGGAACGCCGCAGCGCUGGGGAUAGGGUAUGGCGGGCAUGGGGGGAACGCUAAGCUGAGCAGGGAGCGGAAGCAUCGAAUGCGCGAGUUGGCGACGGCCAAGUUGAGCCAGGCAUACCAUUUAGACGAGAUUGCGGCCAGUGUCGCGACGAUGCAGUCGGCCUCGACGCUCGAGGACGUCGCGCAAUUUGUGCUGCAGAGGAAUGCCAACGAUGUCGAUGCCAAAUACGUGCACUUUUUCCACGAGAAGAUUCCGUCGCGCAUGAUGGCCCAAUGUACGCCGCUGGACACCCUGAAUGAGAUAAUAGCAGAACGGCCAAGUGACGGGUCACCGCUGCGGACAAGGGCAUUAACGCGCAUCUUCAAAGAAGACUAUGUGAACUCGGCAAGAGACCUCUCAGAAGCAUUGGCUGUGGCACGGUAUAUGAACGCCCAGCAUCGCGCAGGCAAAGACCAAUUAGUCCUGGCGAAAUCGAUGCAGGACCAACAUGGACGGGAUUGGAGACAGGAGAUCAAGAUCCCCGACGAAGACCAGCCUAAUUCGCUGGAAACGCAGCUGCUUUUCCACCGCGCGGGUGUUUACUUCACAAUUGCCUGCCAGCAUGUGCAUGGCGCUUUGGAGGGACUGAGAGAGGCCGAGGAGGCCAAAGCAGCAAGAGAUGCUCAGGUCGCCGCAGGACAAAUUCCAGACGAGGAGACACCCGAGGAAGCCCAGGAGAAUCGCCGACGCGCAGAGGCACGCAAACAGGUGCGAACGAACGCUAAGCGUGCUCUGCGUGACUACACAGCAUUUCUGUCACAUUUUGAUUACACGCCUGGCAUCUCAGCAGAUGUCGCAGAGGAAUUUUUGAGGCGGCUUGAAGGGUCAGCGAAUGGCUCCAAGGAAACGCUUAACAAGCCGUUGAAUCGUUUGCUCGAUUCGCCUUCCACCACUGCCUCGCCCAUCUCUGAGGCUCUGGUGCCUCAUCGUGGUGCCCGAGGCCACGACCGUGCUGCUUGGCCCAAACUGCCAGCCCCUGAGAUCUUAAGGAUCUCACAACUCUUCGAUGCGGCACCACCCGCAUCGCUCCCUCCUUUUCCACCAGCAGGGCCCAGGGAUGCCACCGACUCCACAGCGUCGGCUGCAGCCACUGCCUUUGCUGAUUCGCACGAGAGCAUCACUUACCAUCCGCUCCUCACCGAUGCGCUGCACUCACUUCUCCUCUGUCAUGCGCUCAUCCAGACGCCACCGAAGGAGCUGCAGCGACACGCACACAAUGCGGCUCGUCUCGCUCGUGUUUGUGACGGCUACCCGAUCUUCCUGGCAGCACGCUCACCUGCCCGCGCAGACUGGAUUGAAGUGCUGCGCCGCGCAGGCAACUGGGUCGGUCUGUCUACUUCCUGGGAGAAGCUUUGUCGCCCUGCUCCGCUUCCUGGACAUGGCAAGAACGGCUCGUACGAUCCAAGCAAGAGCGAGCGCCAAGAAACCGAAACGCAGAAACGUGAACGCCAGAAACAUGAAGCCAUUCUUGAAGCGUUAGCUGACGAGCGUGUCGUCGAUGAGGAGUCGUUUCAACGCGCCGUCCGCGCCCGCGAACGUCGCUUUCGAGAAGACGAGGAGGCGGAACAACGUGCCAAGAACGGCACUGGCAGUCCUACCGAUUCAUCGGCAAACGGCAGUCCUGCUAGUCCCGCACCUGCGCCUAAGCGAUGGGCACAGGACGAUGGGCGCGAGUAUCCCAUUUCUACGGAGCGCGCAGAGGCGAUUUCCCGCUGGGUGCGUGACGCUCCUCCGAUCACAGAGGGUACUGGGAAGAAGCGCAGACCCAGGCCCAAGAGCAAGAAACCCAACAUGCCCAAUCAAGAGAGCACAGGCUUGGAAGGUAGCGUCGACGCCAUGAGCGUGCAGGAAGAAGAGGUGGAAUAGCAUUGGAAUGAGUCUUGUGUUUGGUUUCUGGAUACUGCUGGCCUUGGCCAAUUUGCCUGCGUUGGCACCUCACCUUACAUCCAUUUAAUCAAAAGUGCGGU